UGUAGACAUUCAAUUGACCUGUGCAUACAAAGGGAGAUUUUUCGCUACAAAAUUACAACACGUGCGAUUUUAAGCUUAAUUUUCUCAUUUAGCUGAAGCAGACUUGAGUGUUUUGUUAAGAAAAGUAUUGUGAAUAAAAAUAUUAAGUGUUUUUUAUUAAAUCUGUUAAAAUUGCGUUUUAAUUUACUUACACAGAAGUGAGUCAUUUUCACUGUCUCCUAUUUGCAUCGUGGGCGUUAAGUAAAUUUGCCCACUAAAAGCCCCAUUUUCCCAUUCAAAUCACACCAGAAGCACUCUGGGAGGAGUAGAUGGUGCAAUGGAGGGAAAGAUCCUUGAGGAAUCUGCCCAGAACAUAAGAAAGCCCCCAACUGCCCCAAAGGCUUUGCUGAUGGGCAAGAAACAGCCACUGCAGGGCCCCGUGUCUGUCCGGGUGCGCAGUGUUCGCAGUCGAAGUGCCUCAACGGGAAGGGAUAAGAAAUCAGAGCUUCAAGCCAGAUACUGGGCCUUACUCUUUGGCAAUCUCCAGAGAGCUAUCAAUGAGAUCUAUCAGACCGUAGAGUGCUAUGAGAAUUUGUCUUCGUGUCAGGAGACAAUUUUAGUUCUAGAAAAUUACAUUCGGGAUUUUAAGGCAUUGGCCGAGUGGUUCCGGGUCUCAUGGGAUUAUGAGUCUACUCCUCUGCCCCAUAGACCCCACUCCCUAGCGUGGGAGGUCAGGAAAAGCAAUCCAGUCCCCAAAGUACGAACGAGAAACCUUUCGAGCCCGGUGGUUUCUGGUAAGUCCAGUCCAAAUUAUUCAGGGAAAAACAGUCCUUGUUCAGGAACUCACGAAGAAAGACGAUCUCAGAGAUCAAAUAUUCAUGCAUCAAAUGAACAGCAGAAAUUGCCCAAAGGGCCGAAGAAAAUCGAAGCACCUGAAGCAAUAAUCGUCAAUCGGAGUGUUGCUGAGAGCAAGAUUGAGGAUAGUCCAGGCAGUACAGAUGAGAAGGAGGAAAGUGAAACUGUAAACGAGAUGACACCUCGAGAAAAUCACAUUGAGGAGUCUCAGGUGCCUUUUGAAGAGACAGACAAAAGGAUCUCCAUGAAUUUGGACUACAAUGAAUUCCUGGAGCAAGAAGAGGCCGAAAGGAUGCAAGAGGAAGUCAAGAAACUCGAUCAAUCGGUCCAGACAAAUCUCGAAGAUGAUCAUCUAACUCUGGCCAUGUAUCUCGAGAAGUACAAUAUCCAGGGAUUCUUCAAAGGAGGAACCCCAGAAAAUGCUGAAGUUACUCCAACUUUGGAAGAAGCACCGCCUCCUGUGACUGUUCCUGAAAUCACUGAAAAGGUGGAAGAGCCAACGGUGAAGAAACCAACUGCUCCUGUUGCAAAAGAACCAGCUAAACGUCCACCGAGCUACUCCAUUGUUGUGAGUCGCGAGGAAGCCAAGACAAAACCACUUCCCACCAGGAAAGUUCCAAUGAAUCCCCCAGCAAAGGUACCACCUGUUCGCAAACCCCUUCAAUCCCAACAAUCAUUCCACUUGAGCAAAUCCUCAUCGACUCCGGCCACUGCAACGGCUAGAACUGCCACAGUCCAGAAAUCUUUGACAACUUCAAGUGUUCAGCGCGUGGGGAAGGCAUCUGUGGUACAGAAGGUGACAGAUAGUCGCCAGAGAUUUCCCGGAGCACCGACCAAUACAGCCAGACGGAUUUCUGCCCGAUCUAGCACGAUGAUUGACCUGAAGAACAACCGAACGGCCACUCAGAAGGGAUUGUCCGGAAGAAGCAGUGGGAAACAUUCUCAAGAAGAUGUUAUGAGCUCUAGUAGUACACUAAAAGCCAGUUCGGACAGUUUGAGACAAAAAAGCCGGACGGACUUGAGUUACAGAAAAUCCGAACCAAAAUCUCUGCCUACUGAGACAAAUGAUGGUUGGUUGACAGUAAAGUCUCGAUCACGUCGAUCAAGUCUUCACUGGUCAAAUCGAUUCAAUCAACCUUCUGGCUAUGCUAGCCUGCCGAUUCUUAGCCUCCUGGAUGAGACUCCAGCAGAAGAGGCUAAGGAAGAGCCUGAGAAGCAGCCAGCAGCUAUCCCUGAGAAGCCAAAAUCAGUAAAAAAUCAACGAAUUCUUGCAUCUAAGCCAAAACUGCCCCUGUCAAAGUCAACAAUCUCAGCCGGAAAGACUUCCAAUCACCCUCCAAAAACCACAAAAGUCAAUGGACUAGUCCGACAGAAAUCCGAUUUGGCAGAAUCCAGAAGUAGGUCCUUAAGAGAAUCAGCCAGAAAUGAAAGAUUUAAAAAGGCAGAAAACAAAUUGAUUGAAGUAAAGACUCCCGAGCCGGAUGACGAUGAAAUCUACAAAGUCGAUAUGAAUAUCCAGACACUUCUUGCUGAAGAUUUGAGGAAUACAAUAAAUCUCUCAAGUUGUGACGAAAUGGAUGACAAAGAACUCGAAGAAAGUGAUGAUGAUCAGAAGAAAUUACUAGAGGAGCAAGAGAAUCUCGAGAGACAAAUCCGUGAGUUGGAAAAUACCGAAAUUGACGUUGACACGGAAACUGAUGAGACAGACUGUGAAGUUCUCAUUGAUGCUGAAGACAUUGAUCUUGCAGUGAAUGAAGAUGGCUCAAAAUAUGGAGAAGAAGUGGAUUUUUUCGAUGAGAACAUGACUCUGGAGAUGAAAUACCAAUCUCUCCUCUCGGAUAUGUCAUCAGGGGAACGUCUGGAAACCCUAGCGACUCUGCAGGCCUUUGUUGCACGUCAUCCGGGUCGAGCACAGGAAUUGCAUCAAAAACUCUCAAGUCCCUCCAGGAGACGUUCUCUCCAUGAGACUCUCAAGAAAUAUCAGGCUAAGCAAACAAGAGCGCAGGAAAAACGAGAAUCCCUCCAGAGGGAGAAAACCCAGAAGAUUCAGCAGCUACUGGCAAGAGUGGAGGAUGUCAAAGCGGCUAAGCAGCAGCUGAUCGAGGAGAAGAGACUGCGAAUGGAGGAGAGACUCCAAAGGGCAGCUGAGAAUCGUACGCAGUAUUUGAAGGAUAAAGUUAAGAAGGCUCACGAUGAAGAAGAGAAACUCAAGGAGAUUGCCUUCAUUAAGAGUCUCGAAGCGCAAAACAAGAGACUGGACAUCAUUGAGUCCUGCAAAGAGCACGAAGGAAGACUCCAGGAUUUAGAGCAGGAGCGUCAGAAACGUGUGGAGGAAAAGGCUGCAAAGGAGGCUGCUGCUGAAAGACGAAGAUUGGAGUUACAGCAGGAACGUCAGAGGCGUCUGGAGCAAAUGUGGGAGACAAAGAGAGAAAGGGAAAAGAGAGUAGGAAAGUUGCAAGAUGAGAGGGAGAGGAAGCGUCAGGAGAUUGCGAGGGUAAAGGCUAAAGAUAGAGAAGAGAGACUUCAGGCACUCCAGGCACAGAAAAUUGCAACAACUGAAGAGUUACAGAGGAAAAUCAUCCAAAAGCAACAAGAAUCGGCCAGAAGACAUGAAGAAAAUAUUGAGCAUAUCCGACAGCGAGCUCAAGAAUUGGGAAUUCCUAAUAGAAAUAACGAUGAUCAGGCACUAAAUGCCGAUGGAAGCUGUGAUGGUGAUCUUUCCUCAACGGUCUCAGAUGUGUCUGUGGAGCCAAAUAAGGCUGUCAAGAAGAAACUCAAGCGACUCCGUCAAAAGCUCUCUGAGAAAACAAAUGAAUAUUUGGCUGAAAUGCCUCCACUUGCAUCUCACUUCCGACGAGACAGUGAAGUUCCUAAAAUCCUGAAUGUAAUGAAUAAAGGCGGAGGACCUCAAGGAAUGGAGAGACCACUUGGGCAACUUCAUCGAUUGGUAACGAAAGCUCAAACAGCGGAUUUCCAUUGUUUACUUUCACUAAAUGCUCUCGAAGUGAUUACAAAGGUGAUUGAGGAUGGGACAAAGCCCCAUUCUGAGAUUAGCAAGAGAGCUGUGAUACUUUCGGUGCAGCUUUAUAGAAAUCUGUGUUCUAUUUGUCCGCAAAUAGCGCGACAUGCAAUUCUUGGCAAUACCAUUGUGAAUCUUUUCGAUGCUUUACUCUUAAGUCUUCAGUGUCCAGAGGAGAAGUCCACGAAGCAGCCCGUGGAAUUAUCAACAGAACUCAUGUUGGCCUGCACUGUAGCUCUUUCUCCCACCUUCACGAUGAAGCAGUCACACCCAAAAUUGCUGGACCGCCUUCCCGAUGUCAUGAGCUAUGCCGUUUUAAUUGGCUUAAUUGAGAUUCUUGUGAAACGUUGUGCAAAAAUUCACGAAUCCGUGGAAAAUCAUCAGAGUGUUGUUCUUUCACUUCUUGCAACACUAGGAUUACUUAUGAAAUUUGCUGAAAUUUGUCCUAAAGGACCAAAUGAUCCCACGAAAUUCCUCUCAUUGGCCCAACAAACUGAACUCUUUGGAUCCAUCACAUUACUUCAUUCCACAAUAGUACCAAUUGGGGAAAGUAUUCCACCAAGAACUGUCUCUCUUGCGGCUGCGACUUUCAAUUUGAUUGUCACAUUGGCCAAUGUCGAUCUCAACACUUUCCAGACAAUUCUGUCCGAGGAGGUGAUAUCUCUCAAAUUCUUAGAUAUUAUAACGAUUUUACUCAAGUAUUGUGGCCCCAAGUCCAAUGAAAAAGGCGAAACUCAGGCUGUGAUUGUUGAUCUUUUGAGCACUUUAGGAUAUUUCUGUGUAAAUAAUUCGAGGAAUCAGAAUCUGAUUUUCACGGAACAACUGUCGGUGGUGAAAAGUAUUGUUAAGUUGCCAAAAGAAAUGUCCAUCCACUAUUAUCCUACACUAGCUACGCUUAUUUGGAAGAAUCCAGAUGCAAAGGCCAUUCUAAGUCAUGAAUUUGACGUUGAGUCCUUGGAUGAAUAUCAAAAUUCAGCUUUGGCCAAGAAAAAUAAACUCCUAAAUUUGCUUAAUUAAAGAAAAAAAAACUUAAUAAAUUACUAAUUAAAAUAUAUAUCAAUAUGCUUAAAAAUAAAAGUCACCCACAAUAUACUCAAAUUUGCAAAAAGGAUUUACCAAGAAAAAGGAAAAGUUUGAAAAUUAAUGUUAUUCAUUUUGCUUUGAUUUUCAUCUUGAAUUUACAAUGCAAUCUUCUUAAUAUUCAUAUCUUGAUGUUACAUUCAUUUUAUUGGCGAGAGAACAAAAAAAAAGAAGUUACUGAAGUUGAAAAAUGAAUUUGCGUAAAACAUAUAAGACUUUCAAAGAAAAAUGUGUUACUAAUUUAAUAUGUGUAUAUAUAAAAAAAGAAAAUAAAUAAUUUUUUACACCUA